UUUAAUGUUGUGUACAUGUUUCGGCGAUUAUGUGAAUUUAUGUGUAAUAUCUAUGUAUCAGCGUAAAACGGCUGUUACAACAAACUAAAUCAGUCAAGUGACUGAAUAAACUUGAUUAGUAAACUCAUAUAACUAUGACUACCUAUAGUUAUUGGCAUUUUAUGAUCUCCUUAUAACAGUUUUGUGUGUUGACUAAAACAAACUGUAAACAUGUCGAAGGAUAAGUGGGUUCGCCGGUUUUCAGUUGAUGAAACAUCGAAACACAAUAAUGGAUUCACUAUAUAUAAGAUCAUGUCUAUUGCAGGCAAGCAUACGGCCCACCUGAUAGUGAAUGGUUAGCGUCGCCCAUGGACUUCAGCAAUGCCAGGGGCAGAGCCAAGCCGCUGCCUAAGGCUUAAUAAUCUCCACAAGCCUCGUCAUGGCGCUCGGGAAACACCAUGGAGGGGAGCUCACUCCAUAGCCGGAUGCUGUUCCCGAUAGAAUCGCCGGAGGCCGUGACGGCGAUAUCUGUAUGGAAACGUUACAGCGACAUCCAGAGGCUGCACAAGAGCAUGAAGUCGCUGCACGCGGGCCUGCACUUACGCGGCACGUUCCCCGCCCUGCCCCGGUACAGCUAUUUCAGGAGGUUUCAGCCGGACGUGAUAACCGACAGAGCUAGAACCAUCAAGACGUUGUUAGAGUUCAUCGCGGAGCACAGACUGCUGUUCACUAGCACUGACUUCGUCAAUUUCCUUCAGACCGGAUACCCAGAGCCCUGCGCUGAGCCGGGAGUCAUAAACUCUAUAAGGUCGUCCUUGCACCUGCCCAUAGAGGAAACGCCGCCGCUGGAGUACCCGACUGACGACGACGAGGCCAGGACCCCCAAUGGCUCAAUAAAUCCGACGGCUUCUCAACAAGUAUCGCGCGACGAAACCGAUUUUAUAUCGCAAAUACCGAUUUACGAAGCGGCUGACGUGGAGGUGGCGGACUUGAGCGAGGCCUCCAAGCGGACGGGCAGCUUGGACUCGCUGGACUCGUUGGAGAGCAUAGACAGCGACCUCUUUGACGAGCUGGCCAAGCUCACCAUAGACAAGCCGGCGUCCAGUGUCAAGAGGAACGUGUUGCCAGAUUUGAUUAAUUUCGACGAACCUUCCACAUCAAAGAUCGACGAUUGUCACACGACGAGAACUGGCAACACCGACUCGGACAGUUUGUCUUUGAAUGCGCAGACUUUUGCAGACAGUGCCCUGUCCCCCUCGCACGCGGGGCGCGGGACGAGGACGGAGGACAGCUACAUAUUCGAGGCGGGCUACAUGCUGAACUUGGCGGCGCGGUGCGAGGACGCGGGGGACUACGCGGGCGCCCUGGACCACUACAAGGCCGGCAUCGAGAAGCUACUCGUCGGCGCCCGCUCGGACGCGGACGGCGCGCGGCGGGCGCUGGUCCGGCAGCGCACGCACGCCUACCUGGCGCACGCAGAGCGACUGUGCAGCGCGCGCACACAGCACGUCGCGGGUGGAGUGGCGCGCGGCGUGGCGGAGCGCGGCGGGGCGGCGCGGGACGGCGCGGCGCGGAGCGGGUCGCGUGCGGAGCUGUGCGCGUACGUGCUGCUGGGCGUGGUGCGGCCGCGGCUGCUGCUGGUGCUGCACGCCAGCACCGACACGUGCUACGUCAUGAAGGUGCUGGACAAGGUGCCGAGCAACGAGCCGGAGGGGGAGUGGCGGCGCCCCGUGCUGCCCGGGCCGGCGCCCUACAUGGUGCGGCUGCACGCGCUCAUCGAGACGGAGGACUCGCUGUUCCUGGUGCUGACGUACGCGCCGGGCGAGCGCCUGUGCGAGUACGUGCGCCGGUACGCCGCCGCGCCCGCCGCCAAGCCGCGCCCGCCCGACCUGCGCUGCGUGCUCGCCGACCGCGCCGCGCCGGGGGACGACGUGCGCGACCUGCUGCACAACUCCAAGGAGCUGCUGCUGACCGUGGACCGGGCGCUGGGCGGCGGCGCGCAGACAACUACCCCGGACGAGCACACCACGGCCGCUGGCACCGGGUUGGAGCCGCGCAUGCGGUACCGGGACGCGGUGCCGCCGGGCGCGGUGCGGCGCUGGGCCGCGGAGCUGGUGACCGCGCUGGAGAGUCUGCACGCGGCCGGCGUGGUGUGCGUCGACCUGGGCCCCGCCAACGUGCUGCUGGGCGCGCGCGGGCAGGCGCUGCUCACGUACUUCGCGUGUCGCGGCGGGGCGGGGCGGGACGGGGCGGGGCGGGACGGGGCGUGGCGGGGCGGCGCGCGGCACGCACCGGGCGCGCUGCACGUGGCGCCGGAGUGCCGCGGCUGGCAGGCGCCCGCGCCGGCCGCCGACUACUGGAGCCUGGGCGCGCUGCUCUACCAGCUCAUCUGUGGAUACCCUCUUUCUGUUCACCACAAGACUGUGUUCACAUCGCACACUAUAUUACAGCUGCCCGAGGAACUGACAGUGGAAGAGGAAUCGUUAUUGACUCAACUGCUGACGUUCGAGCCGGCGGCGCGGCUGGGCGCGGGCGGCGCGCGCGAGCUGCACCGGCACCCGUACUUCCGCGCCGUGGACUGGCGCCUCGUGCGCGACAGCUGGCCCAAGCACGACUGAGCCGACACCGCACCGCCGGCUCCACGAGCUCACAGCCCACCCGGUGUUCAAACGUAAAUGCGCCGCCCACCUUGAGAUAUAACUUCUAAGAUCUCAGUAUAGUUUGAAGGGCACCAUUACUGCUUCACGGCAGAAAUAGGCAGGGCGGUGGUACCUACCCGUACAGACUCACAAGACGUCCUACCACCAGUAAAAAGAAUGAUGAAAGAUCUUUUUUGCCGCGCACCAUCCGGCUUUGGAAUGAGCUCCCCUCCACGGUUUUUUCCAAGCGCUAUGACAUGUCCUUGAUCAUAUGAGGCUUGCGGAGAGUACUUAAUGGUAGGCAGCGGCUUGGCUCUGCCCUUGGCAUUGCUGACGUCCAUGAGCGACGGUGACCACUUACCAUCAGGUGGGCCGUAUACUCGUCUGCCUAUAAAGGCAAUAAAAAAAACAGAACUGUUGGAGUUAUGUGAAUAAUCCUGGCCUGAAAGAUAAGACGGUCGACGUGACGAUAUUCAUAUCUCUCAUUUAACGCGAAAAAUAAUGAAAGACUUCAGUUGAAAUAUAUAGGAACAUAUAUUUAAAAAAAGUUACCUUCGAAAAGAAUCGAAAGUGCUAAAAGUAUUAUUAUAAUUUAUUUUGACUACUUCCUUUUAGUAAAUUAGAACUAAACUAAAAAUUUAUAUACAAACAUAAUGUACAAUAAAUACGUUCAAAAAUAUUAAUCUAGUCUUAUAUAUUUAUACUUUUUGAAAAACAUAUUGUUAAAUAGUUUUGUGUUCAAAUUAUUGCAGGUAACUAUUUUAUAAUAGUUAUCGGAAACUUAAUUAAAAAAUAACACUAUAUUAACUUAUGUGUGUAUGAAAAUGAGUUAAUGCAAUUAAAUAAGUUACUUAUAGUAUUUAGAUAUAGUAGCGACCUGACACCAAUAAACACAAUCUGUAAAGUGAAUACAUUCUCGAUUAUAUUAAAUCUGACUGGUACAAAAUACCUGUACCCGCAUGAAGUUUAAUAAAUAAAUGAAUUCAUCAUUCAUCGUUCAUUCGUAUUAUUAUUAAAUAUUAAAUAAAAUAAUAAUUCUAGUAUUUUUUUAAUCAAAUUUAUCAUCAUAUGUGGCUAAACGUUGGGCAUCCGUGCAUGACCAUCUGUUGGCCUCAAGUGACGUCAUCAACAAUGAAGUUUUUCUUAAGCCUUUGAAAAAUGAGUCCCAUUCCUUAUUCUAUUGGCUAGAUAUAAUCAAACUCUUUUCCUAAUUUACAUAUAGAGGUGUGCUGAUCCUAGUUGUUAAUGCCCAAAAAGAAAUGUAAUGUUAUGUGUUUAGUUGAGGGAUUAAAUUUGUAUUUUAAAUAUUCGACCUACGUACACUUAUAAUUAAUAUGUAAUUAGAUUUUGUUUUAAGAUCUGAGUCUGGUUUUAAGUUAGGUUUUAUAAUGAAUUUUAUUUGAAAUUAUGGUAUUACGUGAUUAUAUUUUGUAUUUUAAUUAAAAUCGUUCAGCUCUUCGCUGUGAGUCGUGUCCUGACGCCCAAUAGAUUAGACGCCGGAAUUAUGACACUCAUUUAAAAUUGUCUAAAAAUAAAUGGCGCCGAUCUCUUUUAAAGUUUUUCUGCUGACCGUAGUUACAAGACGGAAGUUAGCCGAGAGCCCGCCCUGUUCUUUGUGCUUAUGAUUGCCGCUAAGGGCGCUGUUCCAACUCCAUACAAAUUUGAGUUAACUUUUACGCUAUCGAGAACGUUAAAAACCUCACACUAAGCACACUGAUCUUAAAUCGCAUUAUAAGUAGCGACUCUUGUCCGCAUUAUAAAAUCACGAGAAAUUAUUUUUGUGUUUGUUUUCUAUGUUUUUGUUGAACCUGGAAACUAAAUUAUACAAAUAAACUCUAUAUAACUGUAAACAUUGUAUGAAGAUGUAAUCAUUGUUUUUAAAAUUGACGUAUAAUUUAAUUAUGAAAUGAUCUCAAAAUUGUGUUUUUUGCAAACCGUGAAAUUUUAUAUUAAAUAAUUAUAUUGAGCAUGACUCUG